CCGCCGCCAUUACCGGCGCCUCUUCCGCUUCCCCCGCAGCUUCUGCUUCCGGGCGCUGUGGCCGCCAUGUCGGCGCUGGCGCUGAACCCCAACAACCCGGUGGUGUUUUUCGAUGUCACCAUCGGAGGGCAGGAGGUCGGCCGCAUGAAGAUCGAGCUGUUCGCUGACGUCGUUCCCAAAACCGCAGAGAACUUCAGGCAGUUCUGUACGGGUGAAUUCAGGAAGGAUGGUGUCCCCAUAGGUUAUAAAGGAAGCACUUUCCACAGGGUAAUAAAGGAUUUCAUGAUCCAAGGAGGUGACUUUGUAAACGGGGACGGCACCGGCGUCGCCAGCAUCUACCGGGGACCCUUUGCGGAUGAGAACUUCAAGCUGAAACACUCUGCUCCUGGGCUGCUCUCCAUGGCGAACAGCGGUCCCAGCACCAACGGCUGCCAGUUCUUCAUUACGUGCUCCAAGUGUGACUGGUUGGACGGAAAACACGUUGUGUUUGGUAAAAUUGUCGAUGGGCUGUUGGUCAUGAGAAAAAUUGAGAAUGUACCUACGGGUCCGAAUAACAAACCCAAGCUGCCCGUUGUCAUCUCGCAGUGCGGGGAAAUGUAAAGCGGUGGAACAGAAAUGCGGGCUCCUGCUGUUCCAGCCCCAGCCCCCACAGCCCUGUCUGCAGAUCCACGCUCUCGACGUUCUCCUGACGGUAUUUAAUAAUCAGCCUCUCUAUAUAUUUUUUUUAACCUUUUGGUAUGUAAAUAAAGAAUUUUGCUAAA